AUGCCCGCCGCUCUGCUCUCUCACAAGGACUCUGCGCCUUCCAGCCUUGUGUCUCUCCUACCCCUCGAGCUGUGCCACAUGAUCUGUCGUGAGAUAGGACAGCUGAAGGACUACAAAACUCGGCUUCUCUUGAACUUGGCACUUACCUGCAAGCACUGGCUGGGACCCGCGCUCGAUGCCCUAUGGAAGACCCUGGACUCUCUUGAUCGUCUGCUUGCUCUGGCUCCCCCGAUGGCCUUGCGGGAUGCACAAUCAGAGCCUCAAGAUGCUGAUGCCGACCAUCCUGAUCUGGACUGGACACGUUUUGAAGUAUAUGCCACCCGCGUACGCGGGCUGGAUGUUAGGUCCGUGGAUCCUGCGGGCUACAACUCUGAUGAAACGGAGGGAGCGAGCGAUGAGGACAACAGUGAGACAGAGAGCGGUAGCGAGGAAGAAAGCAGUGAGAUAGAGGGCGCGAGCAAUGAAGAAAACAGUGAGCACGAGGGCUCGAGCGAUGGAGACAAUACUGAGAGAGAGGGGGGACGGAGGGCGCGAGCGACGAAGCGGACAGUAAGAGGGAGGAUACGAGCGAUGGAGAAAGCAAUGGGGCGGAGGGUGCGAGCUUCGAAGGGAGCGUUGAGACGGAGGGCGGGAGAUGGAGACAAAAACGAGAGGGAGAGCACGAGCAAUGAAGAAAACGGCGAGUCGAAGAGCGCGAGUGACGACCCAAACGACGAUCCUUACAGUGCUAUCAUUCGCCUGAAGUCUAAGAGGCAAGGACCCCUCUUGCCUGGUUUGAAAGUACUCGUAUGGAACGUAGACUAUCACACGUUGCGCAUGGAUCGGCGGCUAGGAUGCGUGCUUUCUGCAUUUAUCACUCCAACCCUCCAGGAGAUAGACAUCAGCUUGAAUAAUUCGGUGGUGAAGAAUUUCGCGAAUGGACUGCUUACCCUGAAGGACGCCAUACUCGGAGAAUGGUUUGUUACUCUCCCCGACGCGGUGCCGUGCCUCAAGACCUUGCGCCUCAGAGGAUACUUUCCCGGGUUCCCGCUCGACUUCAUAGGCCGCUUCGAAAGGCUCGAGAAGCUCGAUCUCGGCGACAUGCACAUGCAUCCACUCGGUUGGGUGAAGGCACCCCUCCUGAAAACGUUCGUAGCACUCACCACUGUCCGAGAAUUCGCAGUAGUCGUAUAUAUCGAGGACGCUGAAGAGAUCGCGGGUGACUUCUCGAUCUUUCCCAUGUUGGAGACCUUCCACGCCGAGAACACCCCGCCCCUGGAGGGCGCUGCGAUUCUGAAAGGAGUGUCUUCUACACGGCUGAAGAGCGUCUGCUUUGCUGAAACGUGUCCGGAAGUAGAGGUACAACAGAUACACAGCCUAUGCAAGGUACUGACGAAGUUCAGCGCAACACUCACAGCACUGAAGUUCGAUUUGGAGGAAGUAAAGGACACGGACUCACCUCAGGGUGCCAGGGUACUCGCAGCAAUCAAUCCGCUGCUCGAGCUUCGAUGUCUGGAGAAGUUCCACAUGUCUCCCCACUUCAGGGAGCCUAAUGAAAGGCCACCCUACUUGAUGGUGGACGGAGACAUCGAGCGAAUGGCGUUCGCAUGGCCCAGGAUGCAAGAUUUGCGGUUGAACUUGCGACUCGCAGGUGAUGGAACGACGUUCAGAAGCCUAAUUACCCUGGCCCUCCAAAGUCCUUGCCUGCGGUAUCUCGACCUAUAUUCGAUCCACGUCCCACUGAAUCGUACUGACCUUUGGAAGAUCCCUGAGGCGAAUCAUCAGUUAAUAAAGCUUACGCUUGGACGUCCGACUUACUCUGACCCAGAAGUAUUCGCAAGAGCUAUAGAUCGCCUCUUUCCCGACUUGAAGACAGACAUAAUGGAAGAGAAUCUCUCCAUCAAAGUGCUAGACUUGCUAGCUGCAGUAGCAAAGGAGAGACGUGACUCACAAGAGAUUACAGGUUUGAUGAAUCAGUGGAUAAACACUGAUCUGCUGGAGGAUGAUGUGGUAUAUUCCAUCGCUCCUAAGGGACCCCAUGUCGUCGUUAGCGCACGCGCUGGCACCUAA